AUGGACGGAACGCAGAAAGUAAUACAAAGAUUGGAGCCGAACAUUGAAUGUCAGAUUAAGACAAUAAAUCAGGUGGGGGGUACAAAGCCCACGUUUUAUUUUUACACUGCAGGGUCGGCCGACACUAUAUAUGGUUCGAAAAGGAUCCUCAAUAUGAGGGAGAGAGAGAUGUGGGAGGGUUCUGCAGCUUCCAUGGCCAUGUUCUUGGAUAUGUUUGAUAAGUCUUUGUCUUCUUCAAAAGUACAAGGCCCUUUCGUGAAGGUAGGACAAUUAUGA